AUGGCCGAGACACGCUCUUCUCCCGAGGUCAUCGCAGCCUCGAUUCCUACCCUCGAUGUUCGAUGCGAAAAGAAGUUCGAGUAUUACGAUGUCUCACAAAUCACACAUAUUGUCGUCCAUCUGUCUGAUAAGGUAAUCAGGAACCUCAAGAACAUCACGAAUUCCGAUGCUGAUCCCUCCUCUGAGGAGGAUUGUUCGCAUCUCAUUGGAAAGAUGCUCUCCGUGACGUUCUUCGGCAACGAAAACCAGCUGGAAUGGCUAGAUACCGAGCGCGUCGGUAAACGCAGGUUUGUUGCUUUCACCAACACCGAAAAGAAAGAGAAGGGGGCUCAGAGUCUAAGCCCGAUGGGCGGAAAGUUGCAGGUGGUCGAGGUCAUGUUCAUGCGGACUAGCCCCCCGGGAUACACAAAAAAUCUUUUGGAGACCCGCCAGAGCAACAGUCCUCCAGCAGUGUAUGAUUUGGUUGAGAUGGUCCGGGUGCAUGUUAUGAGAGCCCGGUCGAACGUGGUUCCCCGGAAGAAGGGUCCGGCUUCAUCAUGA